AGUACUGCUGUAGCUCUGAACUUCCUCAUGCAUGUGAUGUUCUGUGUUCUCUUCUGCAGGAACAGGAAAUAUAGUGGUAAUUAUGGUUAGCUACCCAAAAGGAAGAGAAAUUUUGGAACUGGUGCAAAAAGGAAUUCCAGUCAAACUGACCAUAGGGAUUGGCACCCGUCAUGUGCAGGAGUUCAUCAGCGGCCAGUCUGUGGUGUUUGUGGCCAUUGCCUUCAUCACCAUGAUGAUUAUCUCGUUAGCCUGGCUAGUCUUUUAUUACAUACAGCGUUUUCUCUACACUGGCUCCCAAUUUGGAAAUCAGAGCCAUAGAAAAGAAACCAAGAAAGUCAUUGGCCAGCUUCCGCUUCACACUGUAAAGCGUGGCGAAAAGGGAAUCGAUAUUGAUGCCGAAAAUUGUGCUGUGUGUAUUGAAAAUUUUAAAGCAAAAGAUGUUGUCCGAAUUCUGCCAUGCAAGCAUAUUUUCCAUAGAACCUGCAUUGACCCAUGGCUUUUGGAUCACCGAACUUGUCCGAUGUGCAAACUUGAUGUCAUCAAAGCUCUGGGAUACUGGGUCAUCCCCCUCGGCAACAACACAGUGCAGAGCAAAGCGGAAUCUCUGAGGUUCUCGCUCUUUUCCACCGUGUUUAGUGCCACAGCUCACACCGUGAACAACAUCGCGGGACCCCUGGGAAGUGCCACUGGCGAUGCUAGAGGCGCUCCCAAGAAAAAUCCUCAUGACGCGGGAAAAGGUGAAUUGCUUGCUCUAGACCAGAGAAUCCGAUCAGAGGCUUCAGUAGCCCAGUGUUUUCCUGCUCGAUGA